UCAGCUAAUCCCUGGUGUCAGCUAAUCCCUGGUGAAGGGGCAGCCAGGCCACCACCCGGAUGGCUGCGUUCGCCUGGCUGUGCAGGAUGAAAGAUGGAGAGGCCAGGCCCUCCCUCCUACUAACCCCACCCCUCCUGUCUGUCUAUAGGGGCUGACACAGCCCAUUCCCAGGCCUAGAACCUUCCCUAUGUUAGACCCUGGUGCCUUUGUCUUUGUAGUCAUGAGACCUGAGGGGGAUGGGGACAGUGUUGAUAAAAGGCACCAAAGGCAGCUCCCACACCUUUCCUCAGAACUGGCCCAAUGCAGCCCCGGACACAGCCCCUAGCCCAGGCCCUGCCCUUCUCCCUCGGAGGGGCCCUGCGAGACACCAGUCUCCGGGUGCCUGUCUUUAAGGUAGGCACAGGGUGGGAGGGACUGCAGCAGACCCUGAAGGACAUCGCCUACAUCCUCCUCUGCUGCUGGUGCAUCAAGGAACUGCUGGAUUAAUGGCAGCAGGGAACUGCCACCUCUCCCCACCGGCAUCACUCAG